GAGUCGGCCGCUCUGGCACUCGGCUCUAUGGUCUGGGGCGGCUCUGUUCCCGGCUCUAUGACCGGACGGCGGUAAAACCCGGAGCGCCACAGCCGUUGGGCAGCGCGAGUUCUCGCUCUGGCUGCGGGUCCCUGGCGGGCUGGCGUGACUAUGACUGAGGGCGACAGCCUCAUCUCUGUGGACUAUGAAGUCUUUGGGAAGGUCCAAGGAGUGUUCUUCCGCAAGUACACCCAGGUGUGUCUGCUGCAAAUGCUGGAGCAGAGGGCUGAGGGUAAGAAGCUGGGGCUGGUUGGCUGGGUCCAAAACACCGAAGAUGGCACUGUGCAAGGACAAAUCCAAGGUCCCAGUGUCAAGGUACGGGAGCUGCAGGAAUGGCUCAGGAAGACAGGAAGCCCCAAAUCCCACAUCAGCCGAGCAGAAUUCCUCAAUGAGAAGAAGAUUGUUGCACUGGAGUACAGGAACUUCAGCAUUGUGAAAUAACUAGACUGAAAGACAGAAAGCACUGAGGAGGGAGUUGAGCUCUCAAAAACUUCCCCACCAACCUUUACUUGUUCAGUCAGAUAGUGUCCAAAAACAGAGAGCCCUUAGUUUUAUCUUGUUACUGUUCUAAUUUAUUGUCUGUCUGUUAUAGUAUUUAACCCUGAAUCUUCCUGAAUGCCAUGGGCAGGAAAACAGGCAGACUGGAGGGUGAGACUGCCUUUAAUAAAGGGAUUGUUUGGAAACCCAACCUCUCAUAUCUGAAUUUAUUUGCAACCAUUCAAACUCAUUUUGUGUAUAAGAGAACACACAGUCAGUAUAGUAUCCUAUCUAG